AACUCAAAGGAUCGCGCACAGUUCUAUUCACGGUACAAGAAUAACAUAAAGGGAGAUAAUCAAAGUUACACUAACCUGACAGUUGGGGAAAAUGUUCAAAUCUGCAACAUGGAGAAGUGAAAGGAAGAUCAAAGCUGUCUUCAAAAUGCAGUUUCAGGCAACACAGGUGCCACGUCUAAAAGCAAAAACGCUGGCGAUUUCUUUGGUUCCAGCUGAUGUCGGAAGGCCAUCAGUGAGAUUAGGAAAAUCUUCAAUUCGUGAAGGAACCUGUUCAUGGGAAAGUCCUGUAUAUGAGACUGUGAAAUUAGUCAAAGAGACAAAAACAGGAAAAUUCAGAGGGAAAAUCUACCAUUUCAUUGUCUCAGCAGGAUCAUCCAAAGCAGGUCUCCUGGGAGAAGCAUCAAUUGAUUUUGUGGAUUUCUUGGAAGCCACAUAUCCUGUAAUGGUAUCUCUACCCAUUGAAGCGACAAAUUCAGGUGCAAUUUUGCAUGUUACCAUUCAGAAGCUGGAACGAACUCUUGAUGAAAGAUAUAUAGAGGAAAACGAAAGCCCAACGACCAAUUAUCACAAUGGGAUUUUGGAGAUGCAACUUCUAGACUCUGAAAACUCACAGAAGACAAACCUUGAAUUUACUGAAGGGGAACAACCCAACAGAAUAACAUCUCAAUACCCAGAGCAAAAUGGCAGUGUUGAGGAUACUCGAUUUGACGAUGCUAGUGCUUAUCGGGUAUGCUUGACUACUGCAGAUAACACGCUUGAAAGGGUCUCCUUGGAUGCUGAUCCCCCAGGACAUGUGUACCAGAGAUACUCAGAUGGGUUACUCAAGGACACUUCAGAUGAAAGUGUAAUUGACACUACGACAAGUCUACAGGAGAAAUACGCAAGAGACAGAAUACAAGAAGCUUCUAACGAUGUUGGAAGGCUGAACACUAGAAUCAAAAUGUUGGAAAGGCAGGGGGAAGUUUCAGAACUGGAAUUACAAUCCCUAAGAAGGCAAAUGGCAAAGGAAAGCAGGAAGGUAAAGGAAUUAUCGGAACAAAUUGUUGCCCUGAAAAGCGAAAGGGAUAUACUGAAAAAAGAAUGUGAGCAACUCAAGUCUUCACCAAAAGGCAUAAAUCAGGAGGAAAUCUCAAACAACUCAGGCACGGAAACCAAAAAUGUCAGUGAAAUAUCUGAACAAAUCAAGCAACAACUACACCGUGAGAAGCAUUUAAGUAAAAAGUUGAGGUCUCAGCUUCAGAAGACAGAAGACUCAAAUUCAGAACUGAUUCUUGCUGUAAGAGACCUAAAAGAGGUCUUAAGUAGAAAAGAUAAGGAAAUAGCUCAUCUGGCAGGCCAAAUACAGGCCAACCAAAAUGAAGUAACAUUAGAACUUGAAGAAACUCAUGAAGAGCACAAUAAAGCGGAUGAAGUAGAACUCCUGAAACAGGAAAGAGCGAAUCUAUUUGCUGAAAUGGAGAUCUCCAGGAAAGAAAAAGAAGAACUAAAAAAGUGCAUUCAACAGUUUACGUUGGACAAUGAGAAUCUAAAGAAGGAAAAGGCAGCUGUUUACUCUGAUUUGGAGCAAAAACAGGGAGCAAUGAUGGAAAUACAACAUGAGUACUUGCUUUCCACAAGAACUGUGAAGCAACUCAAAGAGGAAACCAAAAACCAGGCAAUACUGUACUCAGAAUAUUUGACUAUAAUAGAUGAGCUCAAAACCAAAGUUCAAAGUCUGGAGGAAGAACUCGAGAAGGAGGCAAAGUAUUUUCAAGAUAACUUGACAGCAGAGGGCAGGGCCAUGGUUGAGCAGGAACAAAGGGCCAUACAAGCAGAGGAAGCAUUAACAAAGGCUAACUGGAGUAAUACCAAAGAAACAGAGCAUCUUAGGGAAGAGCUCAAAAGAAAAUCUGAAGAAUUGAUAUCCAAGAUCGAUGAGAAUGAGAAACUAACUGCACAGGCAGUUGCCGAAGGCAACCAACUUCGUAUGCACAGCAAAUUUCUUGAGAAAUUACUUCAGAAAGCGAAUGAUGAGAUCCAACUAAGCAAAAAUGAAUAUGAAAGAAAACUCCUAGAUCUUUCGAAAGGAAUCCAUCUGGAAGCACAAAGCAUGGGGAUGGUAUCACAAAGAGUUGAUGGUGCCAAAGCAAAUGAUGUGAAAGCAAACAAUAGGGAGGAUGGAAGGUUAAAACACGAGAAAUCUGCACACUCUCAAGCAAGAUAUGAGAUAGGCACAAUGAUAAAUGACAAGGAGCAAAGGAAGAGGGAAUAUGGUGACUCAAAGAUGCUGCAGAAAUGGACUGAACAAAAAGAAGAGUUGGAAAGAGAACUUCUUCUGGUGAAAAUGGAAGCUGAAAAGUUAAUAGAGGAAAAUAUUACCUUGAGGAAUCUGAUUGAUGAGAAGAGCAAAAGAGAUGAGAUCUUACAUCCAGAGGUGGAAAAACUAGUAAUUCAGUAUCAUAAAUCGAAAUGUUCUUCACAAGAAAUGAAGUUGGAGAAUAGGGACUUGAAGAAACAUGUGUCCAAACUACAGGUAGACCCAAAUAAGAAGAAGGAGACUAAACCAGUUAAGGAUGUUGUCAUGUGUGAUAAAACACCUGAAGAAGGGAUGCACAGUUUGGGCAUGUUAAAAAGCAAUGAGUCAGAAAUUGCAAAAUCUCAAAGAGAUCAAAUUAGCUCACAAAGAGAGCUGAACCUGGGUAAUCACCAUGCCAACCACAUUGCUGAUCUGGCCGAAUUUUCAAGCGAAGUAACUUUCCUAAAGGAACUGAACAAGCAUAUGGCACUUGAACUAAAAGAGAUGCAAGAAAGAUAUUCAGAAAUGAGUCUCAAAUUUGCAGAGGUAGAAGGGGAAAGGCAACAACUUGUUAUGACAUUACGCAACCUAAAGAAUGGAAAGAAGACAUAGUGUUCUGUCAUAGUAAGUCUUCUAUGUAACUUAUCCCUGAGUAAGAAACAAUACUUAGUAGGACGCAUCUACCAGUUUCUAGUCCAGGAAGUAUGCAUACUGAGGAACAUUCUUUCAGCGUUUUCCUCAUCUAUGUCCAUUUGCCUUAACAAACAGGGAUAAAGCAAUUCCCUAAACUAAAUGCCUGAAUGAGUUAGCUACAGAUUUUUAAA